UGAGCAACGUCAAUCGCGCGUUCCACUUCUCUCCGUGUCGGAUUGAGUUAGCUAACAAUGUUCCUCUACUACAAAUAGUAUGUGGUGCAAGAAGUGUACGUAUGUACUGUAUUGAAGUGGAGUGGAGGGUGCAUAAUGGAGGAAACAUUCAACCGGAGAGGGAAGAGCCAGAGUCACUUGGAGACGACGAGAAGACCGACGAAGGUUUCACGGUUGUCAAGGCGAUGAGACGAGUUGAUUUAUCAAUAAAUUCCAUCAUCGCCCCUCUCCCCAACCUGGAUUUCCCCAUGUCGACGACCCCCUCGGAGUCGGAUUGUUUGGUUGGUUGGCUGGUUGGCUGGUUGGUUGCAUGCAUGGAUGGUUGGAUGGUUUGUCCUGGUUGCUUGUUCACUUGGUGGUUGGCUGCCUUCCCGCCGACGAACUGGUGUUUGGGUUGAUUGUGGUGCAAGUUUUAGAGACUGGCUGGGAUGAGUUCCAUUCUCCGAGUUUACUCAUUGAAGGAUACUGUCCCUGCCGAAAAGGAGUUGGUCCCUCGCGAAUAUUUCUUCGUUCUGACAAGUACCACAGAGUUCACAAAGGAAGCACAAUUCAAACAAAGACGCAGACUAGCUUGAAAGCAGCCUUUCGUUUCAAGUUGAAUAAGGAUUGGACAGAUCAUUCAUUCACUGCCACUCCCUCAUUCACUCAUUCAUUCGUCAGCUCACUCAUUCAUCAAUUCGUCCACUUGAUUGAAAUCCGACCUCGAGGAUCGAGGAACGAUCAGCCCUGACUUUCUUAGCAUCAAAUAAUUGGCGUCGAGUGAAUGGAUCAGGAAGCUGCUACAGAUAUGACAUCCUAUGUGGACAUGAUGGAACGAAAUUCUGCUGAAGAACGCCGAAGACAAAGAGAAAGGAUUAUGAUGGAAGAGGGCAAAGCUCUUUGGCGGGCCAAAAAGAGCGAAGAUUUGGAAAUGGAGCUCAAAGAACAAGAACAGAUCAGAGAGUUGGCACGGCUCAAGCACUUUGGCCGACCCGGGCAUGGAGCUCCCACGGAAAACAUUCGAAAGAAAAAGUUCACCGAGUACCAAUUCCAAGACGUGGAACACAAACACGACUACCAUGAGCCCCCACCCCCGAUGUCCUUCUACUCAGAGCAGUCUCCGACCAAUCCAUCUUAUGGAGGGUUGUAUUCUCAUCCGUCUGAGGGUCAUCCUGCCAUGUCCUCCGCCCAUGACUUGCUUAGCAGCAGACACAGAAGCGACGAUCCACACGACGCCCUGACCUUUGGUCGGCCAGGUUGUGGAGCUCCAGUGAGAACCAAAUCGGGCCGUGUACGUACCACCGUUAUUGGAGCUCCAGAAAUCCGAUUUCAGGAAAACGAGUCCGUAAAGAAAUCCAUUUUCAACUCCAUUCGGUAUCAAUCAAAUCCAGAGACCAAGGCUCAAUACCAGAGAGAGCUAGAGGAACAAAUUCGUCAGAGGAAGGAGUUCGAGAGGACCCAAAAGGAGCGGGAAAUUUCAUUGGAAAAGCAAUUGGAGCAGGUCGAGGGCAACCAAUGGGGGCGACCCGGUCCAGGAGGAAAAUAUUGGAGAGACAGUGCGGUCACCGGCCAAGGAUUCUUCGACAAAAUGGGUUGGUGUGGCUCUGCAGAUCCACGGAAGAGGAAUUACAAUAUCCGUCACCAUGAAGCCGAAGAUAUGAAAAAGGAGAUCGAGGAGGUGCGCCAACGACGCGAUGAAGAGCACCAAGAGAUCAAUAAUAAUGUUGGUGUUGAACUCGUUCCUCUUUUGAAGGAAAAAGCCACGGGCAAACCUAGGAAGGACCCCACCACCGGAUAUUUGAUGAACCAUGGCUUCCCAAGCACAGAUGUCACGCAACUCAUUGACUCCAAGAAACCCGAUUUGAUGAAUUCCAAUCGCAAUCUUGAGGAGAAACGACAAUAUUUUGACACGCUCCACACCCAAGUUCAAGUUCGAGAACAAGGGGUCCAGCAACGUCACAAGGAUGAACAAGAGGAACAAAAGCGACACUUUGAGUCUUGGGAGCGGUUCUGGGGAAAACCCGGAUAUGGCGCCCCCAGGGACGGAAGGAACCAAAAAGAGAACCUCAUGAAGAUUUUACAUUAUCCAGAGCUAAACAAGGCCCCGAACAACGUUGAGCUCAUAACCUUAGAGCGACUACCCGUGAAGUGAAGUGGAAGAGACAAAUCGCCCUUCAAGGACACCGACCAUCGAGAGCUUCCUGUCCACAGGGGAUUGCUAUCCACCUCAUUCGAGUUCCACUUCUGAGGCUGGAUGUCCCUACCUAUCCGUGCUAUCAUCGCCUAAUGAACCAUCUUCCAUCACGAAAACCAUUACUGCAACUAUUUUUGUUCCCCACUUUACUAUGAUUGUUGCCACCCUUGUUUAGUGCCCGUGCGCUUGCUAACCUCUUUGCCUGCCCAUUCCAGCUUCAUCCAUCUUUUUAAUCCGUCACAAAAAGAUUUUUUUGUUGCUCACGAAAAGAAGGAAAUGUCAAGUCGUCAUUGCUAGUAUCAAAAAUCCAAUUUCAAUUCUACAAUAUUAUGUACCCUUCAACCUAACGGUCCUCGAAAACAAAGAUUUAUUAUCAAAAGCCUGGAUUUUCCACAGUGAUGGCUUUCAAUCGUGAAGCGGAAAAAAAGAAAAAUGGUCGAUCUCC